UAAUCCAAAUCUUGAGUUUGUCGCCUCCCCAGCACUUGCACCGCCAGAAGUUCCAGUGGAUCACAAUCUGAUGGAACAAUAUACCAAGGAUUUGGAAAUCGCUACGGCUCAACCUCUCCCCGGUUUGUUUACUCUUAUUUUAUUUAUUGUUAAAAUGCCUUCUUAUUUUGCUAAUGCAUAA